AUGAAACCUAAGCGAACCCCCAGGGCCCUUCUCCUGCUGCUCUCGGGGGCCCUGGCCCUGGCCGAGACCCGGGCCGGCUCCCACUCCCUGAUGUAUUUCUACACCUCUGUGUCCCGGGGGGACCGCGGGGAGCCCCGCUUCAUCGCCGUCGGCUACGUGGACGACACGCAGUUCGUGCGGUUCGACAGCGACGCGGCGAGUCGGAGGGCCGAACCGCGGGCGCCGUGGGUGGAGCAGGAGGGCAAGGAGUACUGGGACCGGGAGACGCGGAGGGCCAAGGACACCGCGCAGACUUUCCGAGUGAAUCUGCGGACCCUCCGUGGCUACUACAACCAGAGCGAGGCCGGGUCUCACACCCUCCAGAGGCUAUCUGGCUGCCACGUGGGGCCGGACGGGCGCCUCCUCCGCGGGUAUGAACAGUACGCCUACGAUGGCGCCGAUUACCUCGCUCUGAACGAGGACCUGCGCUCCUGGACCGCGGCAGACACGGCGGCUCAGAUCUCGAAGCACAAGUCAGAGGCGACCGGUGAAGCAGAGGAAAGCAGGGCCUACCUGGAGGGCCGGUGUGUGGAGUGGCUGCACAGAUACUUGGAGAACGGGAAGGAGACGCUGCAGCGCGCGGGCCCUCCAAAGACACACAUAACCCACCACCCUGUUUCUGACCACAAGGCCACACUGAGGUGCUGGGCCCUGGGCUUCUACCCUGCGGAGAUUACACUGACUUGGCAGCGGGAUGGGGAGGACCAAACUCAGGACAUGGAGCUUGUGGAGACCAGGCCUUCAGGGGACGGAACCUUCCAGAAGUGGGCUGCUGUGGUGGUGCCUUCUGGAGAGAAGCAGAGAUACGCGUGCCAUGUGCAGCAUGAGGGGCUGCCAGAGCCCCGCACCCUGAGAUGGGAGCCAUCUUCCCAGAACACCAUCUUCAUCAUGGGAAUCCUUGCUGGCCUGGUUCUCCUUGGAGCUGUGAUCACUGCAGCUGUGAUGUGGAAGAAGAAGAGCUCAGGUAGGGAGGGAAAAGGAGGGAGCUAUUCUCAGGGUGUAAGUAAUGACAGUGCUCAGGACUCUGAUGUAUGUCUCAAGACUUGUAAAGCAUGGACAGCUGCCUUGUGUAGGACUGAGUGAUGCAAGAUUUGUUCGCACAUGCCCUUUCUGACUUGAAGAACAUUGACUCACUUCUCUUCCUGAAUGCGAGGGUGUAAGAACAGAUACUACCAUGUCCACAUUGACCCCCUCAUCUGUCUUCCUUCCCCGAUCAUCUUUCUUAUUCCAGAAAGGUGGAGCUGGGAUGUCUCCAUCCUGUCUCUACUUCAUGGUGCACUGAGCUGUAACUUCUUACUUUUCUACUAAAAGUAAGAACUUGGGGCUGGGCACAGUGGUUCACACCUGUAAUCCCAGCACUUUGGGAGGCAGAAGUG